ACUGUGGCUCCUUCGCACUCGACUUCAAACAAUGGGCAUCGGCGACCUGUUCCGCGCGGCCGGGCUCAGCCUCGCCGACACAUCGUUCCUCAAGCUCAACGCGCUCUUCCCGCUGAUGCUCGGCGGCGCACACAUGGCGGUCGUCUCGUGGGUGAAAGGCCCCGCCUCAGUGGUGGCGGUCGAGGCGCUUCCAGUUUCGGCCGAUAAGGUGCCCAUGCUCGUGGUGGCAUCGAUGCCGAUUCUGGCGACCAUGCUCUCGGUCGUCGCACUCGAGUGCCUCGCCGCGAUGGCACCCAAGGGCUACGAGUCGCAACGCGGGCGGGCGCAAAAGGCGCCGGGCGCGGCUUCGUGGGCCUCGUGCCCGGCGUGGGUCGAGCGGAUCCAGUGGGCGCAGUACAACACAUGGGAGGCGCUCAUGUGCCUCCUCCCCUCCCUCUACGUCGCAAAGGAGUGCGCGUUGCCCUCGCCGCUGCUCGCCAAGCUCUGCGCGCUCUUCCUUCUCCUCCGGCUCGUCUACCCGUUUGCUUACGGGCUGGACAUGGACUUGGGGGGCAAAAAGCUGUGGCUGACGGGCUUUUACGCCACCGGCUUCAUCUCCUUCGCCGCGCUCUACCCGGAGAUCGCGCUGCCGCUCGUCGACAUGGCGGCCAAGGCAAAGUGAGGAUGGUGCAACCCGCGGCGCAAACGCACUGCUGCUGUUACAUGUGUUACCAUGUACUCGUGUACUCCCUCUAGCGACUCCUGUUACCAUGCACAUUCUCGGUCAUCGGCGGCCAUCCCCGCCCGCGUCAUCCUCGAGGCGCCACCGCACAGCACCGCACACCGCUGACACCCGGACCCGGC